AUGGUCGCGGCGCUGUCGGGCGGCACAGUGCCUAUUGGGGCCACGGUCGAGCCCGGUCAGGAUGUUACUGUCAAAUGUGAUGGCAGAUAUCCAGAGACACGGGUGUGGGCGGCGCAAUAUCAGUUGAUCAAUUCCAUGCCAGUGUUAAGAGUUGAAGGCGAUGAGGCUAUCCCAAUCAACUACAUCGAGGUGUGCCCAGACUAUACCUAUACCAAAGGGAAAGUUCUUGGGGACGAGGAUGACCAAGAUGAGGCAUUUGAACUCGAGGUUGAACCUGUCGAUGAGGAGGAAAUUGACGUGGAUGGGUUUGAUGGCGGGUAUUGGGAAGCUUACCGUGAGGCCGAGGAGAUGACGAAGAAGCUCAAUGGAUUAACGGACGCUAAUGCUUGA